UGCAUUCGCCCGCAGUCGAGAGCUCCACCAAACAGUUUCAUCGAGCAGUGUGUCUGCAUCUUUGAACCUUGCCGCUCGCUCGCUCGCUCUCUCGUUCUCUUCCCUGCCGUACGCGAAACGACCUUACUGUUCUCCCAUCAGCCUUGGACGCCCCGGACGACCCUGAACCCCAGCCUGUUGCAUAAGCGCAUCCCCAGCAUCGCAAAGCAUACAUUGCAACCCACGCGCACCGAUCCGAUUCGAAUUCCUGCUGGACAGGUUGUUGAGGAAGAGAGUAGGGGAUUCUGAUGGUGGAGCUGUAGCGUGCGCGAACUCGACCUCUGGGGCGCCAGCAGCAAGCCUCGAGGUCGCCUGACAAUGGCAGGCAGCGGCCAGCGCAAAGACGACGAUGCCGACCUACUGGGCUUGGGUGACGGCGAUAACCCUGAUGGCCCAUAUUACAACAGCGGUCAGCGUCCGCCCGUGACCGACGAGCGCAUAUUACACGACUACGACCUGCACGGCCGCAUCAGCACAUCCCACGAUGACUUUGUCGGCACCAGAGCGAAUCCGCCCUCCUCGUCGAACAAUGUGCCCGGGGGAUCACCAUACGGUCACCCUUCUGGCCUAGAUCCUCCUCCGACCUUGGGUCAGCAAGGACGGCAGAUGUCGCAGACUUCGGCCUUGAACAACUACCAGAGAUACUCGGACGCUGAUGACCAUUUCUCGGACUCGGCCUCGGUACAGGGAGGCUACUAUGCAGCAGGUGGUGGUAUCGACGAGGAUGCAAUACCUAUACAGCACGGUAAGGGCAAACACCGGAAUCGCAACAGCAUUAUGAGCUUGGGGGGAGGCAUUAUGGGAAGGGUGAAGAACACAUUCGGCAUGGGACCAGGGUACAGCGAGAUGGAUUUGCCAUUGACGGAGCAGAGAGCGAGGGGAGAUACGACGAGCACUGCUGGACCACCUGCAGAGCGUACGACACCCGGUUCGAAGUUCAAAUUCGGCUUGCCUGGCUUCACUAAGAAGGUCGACCCGUCCACCUUGGGACCCCGGAUCAUUCACCUCAAUAACCCACCUGCGAAUGCCACGAACAAAUGGGUCGAUAAUCACGUCUCGACAACAAAAUACAACGCCGUCACUUUCGUGCCGAAGUUCUUGUUUGAACAGUUCAGCAAGUAUGCCAACUUGUUUUUCUUGUUCACAGCCAUUCUCCAACAAAUCCCAAACAUCAGUCCGACAAAUCGCUGGACCACGAUAGUGCCGCUCGGCAUCGUCUUGUUGGUGUCUGCCAUCAAGGAGGCCGUCGAGGACAACAGGCGUCGUUCACAGGAUCGAGAAUUGAAUAAAAGUCCUGCGCGCGUGCUGCGAGGAACGACCUUCCAAGAUGUGCGAUGGAUUGACAUCAAGGUGGGCGAUAUCGUCCGUGUUCACUCGGAGGAGCCUUUCCCCGCCGACAUCGUUUUGCUCGCUUCGUCCGAGCCUGAAGCUCUCUGCUAUAUCGAAACUGCCAACCUCGAUGGAGAGACCAAUCUCAAGAUCAAGCAAGGUAUUCCUGAGACGGCCAAUUUCGUGUCUGCUGCAGAGCUCGCUCGACUAGGAGGUCGCGUGCGAAGCGAACAGCCGAACAGCAGUCUGUAUACCUACGAGGCGACGUUGACAGUCCAGGCUGGAGGGGGCGAGAAAGAGCUGCCUCUCCAGCCAGAUCAGUUGCUGCUUCGAGGCGCAACCCUCAGAAACACGCCUUGGAUUCAAGGUGUCGUGGUGUUUACCGGCCAUGAGACGAAGCUCAUGCGGAAUGCCACAGCUACACCAAUCAAGCGGACCAACGUUGAGCACAGAGUCAAUACCCAGAUUCUCAUGCUCGGAGGAGUCUUGAUCAUUCUUUCGGUGAUAUCGUCCGUAGGCGACAUUGCCAUACGGCAGACGAUUGGCAAACGACUCUGGUUUUUGCAAUAUGGUGAUACGAAUCCAGCACAGCAAUUCUUCAGUGACAUUUUCACAUACUGGAUUCUGUACUCCAACUUGGUCCCCAUCUCGCUCUUCGUGACUGUCGAGAUUAUCAAGUACUAUCAAGCUUUCUUGAUCAGCAGCGACUUGGACAUCUACUACCCGUUCAAUGAUACUCCAGCGAACUGCCGAACAAGCUCAUUGGUAGAGGAACUUGGCCAGGUGGAGUACAUCUUCUCCGAUAAAACGGGCACGCUGACCUGCAAUAUGAUGGAGUUCAGACAAGCCAGUAUUGGAGGAAUACAGUAUGCUGGCGAGGUGCCCGAGGAUCGGAGAGUGGUUGAAGGUGAAGAAGGCGGCAACGGGAUCUACGACUUCAAGGCACUGGAACAGCACCGCAGAAGUGGCGAGCUGGGUGAAGUCAUCCACCAGUUUCUGAGCCUUCUAUCCACCUGUCACACCGUUAUUCCCGAGGUGAAGGCGGAGAAGCCCGGAGAGAUCAAAUACCAGGCGGCGUCACCCGACGAAGGCGCUCUCGUAGAGGGAGCCGUGGAACUUGGCUACAAGUUCAUCGCGCGAAAGCCGAAGCUGGUGACCAUUGAGCUUGGCGGCCAGCAGUACGACUACGAGCUGCUUGCGGUGUGCGAAUUCAACUCGACCCGGAAACGGAUGAGCUGUAUCUACAGAUGCCCUGAUGGUAAAAUCCGGUGCUACACUAAAGGGGCUGAUACGGUCAUUCUCGAACGCCUGGGACAGCGAGAUGAGAUGGUGGAGCGGACGCUUCUUCAUCUCGAAGAGUAUGCCGCUGAAGGUCUCCGAACGCUAUGCUUGGCGAUGCGCGAGGUUCCUGAGUCAGAGUUCCACGAGUGGUGGGAAGUCUACAAUACCGCGCAAACCACCGUCAGUGGCAAUCGUGCAGAGGAACUUGACAAGGCUGCGGAGAUUAUCGAACACGACUUCACGCUUUUGGGAGCAACCGCUAUCGAGGACAAGCUGCAGGACGGCGUACCCGAUACGAUUCAUACCCUGCAAACGGCCGGUAUCAAAGUGUGGGUGUUGACUGGCGACCGACAGGAGACAGCCAUCAACAUUGGCAUGUCAUGUAAGCUCAUCAGCGAAGACAUGACACUCCUGAUCAUCAACGAAGAGAGCGCGAAUGAUGUCAGGAACAACAUACAGAAGAAGCUGGACGCUAUCAAUUCGCAGCGCGCUGGAGGGGUCGAGCUGGAAACACUAGCCCUCGUCAUUGACGGCAAGUCUCUCACCUACGCGCUGGAAAAGGAUAUGGAGAAGCUCUUCCUCGAUCUCGCUGUCAUGUGCAAGGCCGUCAUCUGUUGUCGAGUGUCACCUCUGCAAAAGGCGUUGGUCGUGAAGCUGGUGAAGCGUCACCUGAAGGCCAUCCUCCUCGCCAUUGGCGACGGCGCCAACGAUGUCUCCAUGAUUCAAGCCGCGCAUAUCGGCGUGGGUAUCUCUGGAAUGGAAGGUCUUCAAGCCGCACGAUCUGCCGAUGUGUCGAUUGCCCAGUUCCGUUUCCUCCGCAAACUGCUACUAGUGCACGGUGCAUGGUCAUACCAGCGCAUCAGCAAAGUGAUUCUGUACUUCUACUACAAGAACACCGCACUCUUCAUCACGCAGUUCUGGUACUCCUUCCAGAACGCCUUCUCUGGCCAAGUCAUUUACGAGUCCUGGACGCUCUCGUUCUUCAACGUGAUCUUCACCGCUCUGCCACCUUUCGUUCUCGGCAUCUUUGACCAAUUUGUCAAUGCCCGAAUGCUCGAUCGAUAUCCUCAGCUCUAUCAGAUCACGCAAAAAGGCAUGUUUUUCCGAACGCACAACUUUUGGUCAUGGGUCGGCAAUGGCUUCUACCAUUCGGUCAUCCUCUACUUUGCCAGCCAAGCAAUCUACUGGCGCGAUGGAGUCCUUUCCGACGGAAAAAUCGCAGGACAUUGGGUAUGGGGAACAGCACUAUACACCGCCGGACUCGUCACCGUUCUCGGCAAGGCAGCGCUCAUCACCAAUAUGUGGACCAAAUACACUGUCCUCGCCAUACCCGGAUCUCUCGCCAUUUGGUUCAUUUUCUUGCCCGUCUACGCCACCGUCGCACCCAAGUUGGGAUUUUCCACGGAGUACAUCAACGUGCUUCCGGUCCUCCUGACCGAUCCUGAUUUCUGGCUGAUGUCGAUAGUGAUUUUGCCUGCCUUGUGUCUCAUUCGAGACUUUGCGUGGAAAUAUGCCAAGAGAAUGUAUUAUCCUCAGGCGUACCACCAUGUGCAAGAGAUUCAGAAGUACAACAUUCAGGAUUACAGGCCGAGAAUGGAACAAUUCCAAAAAGCCAUACGAAAAGUUCGACAAGUGCAACGCAUGCGAAAACAGCGUGGAUAUGCAUUCUCCCAGACGGAUGAGUCGCAAGCGCGAGUAUUGCAGGCGUAUGAUACGACGAGGGAGCGAGGGCGAUAUGGUGAAAUGGCGAGUGGGAGGAAGUAGUGGCCUGCUCAGAAAGGUACAGCGUGUCAGCGUUUGUUGCAGCAUGGCGCUGGAGUUUCGGGAGAUGUGAUAUAUUCACUGGAGCUACGGCAACGGUGGCGAAAGGACAGACAGCUUCUCGUGUGCUCACUUUUGGUGGGCAUGGGAAACUUCCCAAGCAUGUGUAUACUGCGAUGCGAUUUCAGAAGAGACAUGGACGGGAGCAGGCCAGGGCUCAUACCUUACGAUAGCACCCAUCACAGGUUUUGUCAUCGCUCUCUUCCACGGCGGAAACCUCACUCUUCCGUCUCGAUAUAGAGACUCUUUUCCACCUCCCAUCCGCGCCCUUUACGAGUUCUGAUCGGCCCAAUCAAGAGAAGUCGAGCCAAAUACUAGUGCCUUCAAAAAGAAAGAGACUCUUAAAUUUUCAAAAAGCGACCUCAAACAUUUCCCGAAUUUCCGCAGGAGAACCAAUCAACGAACCCACAAUCUUGACCUUUUUCAUAAUCAACGCCAUAGCCACAAACGGCGGCAACACAUCAUCCGGCGCUCCCACUUGCACAAACGUGCCUCCCACAUCCAACAAAUUCAAAUAUUCCCCAAAGGGCAUCUUCGGCGAAGACACGGUACAAAUGAUAACAUCCAAAGAAUUCGCAGCUUUCUGCGACCAUUCUUCAUCCGUAUCCGUCGCAAUCAGUUCAUCCGCACCCAUCUGCAAUGCAUCAGAUUUUUUCCCAUCAUUUCUCGAAAUCGCCACUACUCUUUCCGCUCCCAAGGCUUUGGCAAACAUAAUCGCCAUAUGUCCCAACCCUCCAAUACCAAUCACUCCCACCCUCUUUCCCGGCCCAACACCAUUUUGUUUGAGAGGUGAAUACACCGUCACACCUCCACACAACAUCGGCGCAGCCUCUUCCGAAGGAAUUUCCUCCGGGAUACGAAACACAAAAUGUCCUGCGCCUCGCCAAUAUUUCGCAUAACCUCCUUGGGCGGUAGCCCCGCUCGGCCAGGUUCCGUUGUACGUCAUGACGAAGUUGUUUUUGCAGAAUUGUUCUUCGGAAUUUGUGCAUUGCGCACAGUCGGGUCGGAGACAGGAUCCUGCUUGUGCUCCUACCCCGACGCGGUCUCCUACGCGGAUUGCUGAGGCUCCUUCUCCGGAUUGGGAGACGGCGCUGCCGACGCGGAUGGCUUUGCCGACGAUUUCGUGGCCGACUACGAUGGGGUAGGAGGUUGGUCCCCAGCCGGAUCCUAUUUUGAAGAAGAAAAAAAAAGAAUGAAUGGUUAGAGUGGGGUUGUUGAUUGAUAUUGAGGAAGGAUGGAAGGAAAGAGAACUUACGAAGAACAUGCAUAUCCGAU